AUGGCGUCCUCUCCCCCCAGAAAUCCCCUGAUCAUGAUCAUUGGGGCAACCGGCACCGGCAAGUCGAAGUUGGCUGUGGAAUUGGCCACUCGAUUCAAUGGCGAAGUCAUCAACUGUGAUGCAAUGCAAAUGUACAAGGGGCUGCCGAUCAUCACUAACAAGAUUCCUGAGAAUGAACGAAAUGGAAUCCCUCAUCACCUGCUCGACUUCAUCGGUCUGAAAGAGAAACUCUGGACUGUGCAGCACUUUGUCAAAGAGAGUUCACGGGUUAUCGAUGAGAUUCGAGCGAGGGGCAGGCUUCCUAUUGUUGUGGGUGGGACGAUUUACUACACAUUUUCCUUGCUCUUCAAUGAUGCUAUUCUUACUCCCCACGAGGACGAGAAUCGCUCAGACCACGAUGCAAUGGACAGAAACGAAGAGUUUGCUAUCCUGUCGGCUUCUACAGAGGAGAUCUUUACGAAACUCAAGGAGGUUGACCCCGAGAUGGCAAAAAAAUGGCAUCCAAAUGAUCGAAACAAGAUCCGGCGGUCUCUCCAAAUAUACCUCCAGAGCGGGAGAAAGGCUUCCGACAUAUAUGCUGAACAACGUCAAGCUCGUCCCGACCACGGGAACGAAGAUACCACGAUUGACACCGAUAUGGACGAGGACGGCGCCAUGAGUGGGCGGAGAAUGACUCUGCGUUAUCCGAGUCUCCUCUUAUGGUUGGAAGCCGACGACGUCGUACUAAAGCAGAGACUAAAUGAUCGAGUUGAUGCCAUGAUUGCAAACGGUUUGUGUGACGAAGUAUUGCAAAUGGCAAGCCUAGAACAGGAGUUGAAACAAGAAGCAGAGCCAGUCGACCUUGCCAACGGUAUUUGGGGAUCGAUCGGAUACAAGGAAAUGAAGCCCUGGCUCGAGGUGUGCCAAGCGUUGAAUCCCGAUCCUGCCAAAGUAGGGGUGGCAGAGCAGCAGGGUAUAGAUGCUGUUAAAGCGAGCACUAGACGCUAUGCUAAGCGUCAGAACCGAUUCGUCCGCAUUCGGCUGGCAAAAGCUCUGAAGGCUACCGGGAGGCUUGAUCUGCUUUUCCUUCUCGACUGCACUGAUCCGACCGGCUGGGACAGCACAGUGACAGAGCCUGCGCAAGCGAUCGUGAAGGCUUUCCUGAAAGAGUAUGAGUUACCCGAAGCCAAAUCUCUCUCACUCAUGGCGGAGAAAGUACUCUCACAGAUCGAGGAGGAUGACAUUAAUGAUGUCCGCAAAGCCAGGACUUGCCAACUGUGCCAAAAGACUCUUAUGACUGAGAAAGAAUGGAGGGCACAUCUUGCGAGUCGCAGUCACAAGAAAGUUGUCGUAUGGCACCGUAACUGCUUGUCAGUGCCGGCUGGAGCAAUUGACGUCAAUCAGCACGUACAGCUACCGACUUCACCGGGCUGA